UUUUCACAUAUUUGUCAUUGCUUUGACAUAUUCAGCACGUUUCUGGAUCAUUAUAAAUACAAUAAUUUAUAAUAUUAAAAAAUGGCACAAAUAUCUGCAGUUCCACAACCGCAUAUGCAACAGAUUGAUCUUACUACUCUGAAUAUCCAGCAAUUAUCCACAUUGAAAUCUCAACUAGAUGGCGAGCUGAAUUUAUUUCAAGAUUCUUUAGGUUCCCUUAAAAUAGCACAGACCAAAUUUCAAAACUCUGGAGAAACACUCGCACAAAUAAAUCUAGAGAAUGAAGGCAAAGAGAUUCUUGUUCCCUUAACUGGAUCAAUGUAUGUUCCUGGAAAAUUAUUUGAUACUAAUUCUGUUCUAAUCGAUAUAGGAACUAGGUAUUAUGUGGAGAAGGAUUUGGAAGCUGCAAAGGAUUAUUUCAAAAGAAAAACACAAUUUGUCACAGAACAGAUGGAAAAAAUUCAAGUUUUAGGUUUUGAAAAGAGCAAAAUCCGAGAUGCUAUUGUUGAAAUAUUAGAGCUCAAAAUAACGCAGCAAAAAAGCUCAUGAUACUGUUGAUUGUGUUCAUUUAGAUUUCUUUUUUAAAUUUAUUUUCAUUUUAAUAUGGUUCUUGAACUUGAUCCCUUCUUUUUUAAUUAAAAUUAUGCAGUUUAUGCUUAUCUAACUUAUUUCCUAUUAUAUGAACUAUGUAAUAAAAAAUUAAUUGAC